GGAAGAAAAAGCUAUAGCACAUUAUUUUUAAUUAAUUAUGGGAGGAUAAUUCAUUAAGAAAAAAGUAAAAUUUACUGAAAAGAUGCAUCAUUCUUUCAAAAGAGCAGUUAGUAUCAUAGAGCCAAUGUUUGCCGAUAUAUAUGUUGAAGAACAAGGAAUGCUAGACAUAGAAGAAAGGGAAAACAAAUUUUUAGAUAUUAUUCUUGAAGAAAAUAUGAGGAUAGAAAUUGAAGAAAUAUUUUAUCAGUAUUUAAUAGCUGUUAAAAAAUGGAACACUUUUGUGGACUUUUUCAAAAAUAAAAUUCAGUCAGGAUCAUAAAAGUGGUGUAAUACUCCUUUUCUUAUUGAAGAGAUAAUGAUUCAAUAUGCUUAUCCUAGAUCAGAUAUAAAUGUACCAACAAUAAUAACAAUGAUAAGAAGCG